CAGCUCGGGGAUUCAACGUUGAACCUCUAACCACUAGGCUACCUGCCUCCCCAAUUAUACCUGAAAAUGUACAAUUAUUUGUGUAAAACUAAGUGAAAUACGACUCAGACUCUGGCUUAUAAACAGAAGUCCAAACUCUCGUGGUAAGGUGAGCUUAACAGUCAAUUUUAGAUACUCCACUCCUUUCGACACACCCACUCCGUCAUACUCCGGAUCGCCAACAACACAUACUUGAAACUCAUGAACAAGGAACUCCCGUGAAAGGAGCUGGGCGGCCAUUGGGGGAAAAGUGUACGGACAAGCUAAAUUGUCAUCUUCAACCUAGCUCGUAGCAUGUGUGCAAAAUGAGUUAAAUUCGUCAUAAUCUUUAAUUUGGCUAGAUGAUUCACUUUAAAGAUCUGUAUUUAGUAUUUGAAUAUCUGUUCAUGCGUUUCACUGAAUUUCCAGCAUGGGCGAUGGCAGUGUCAUACCCAAGUUCGGUAGUAUGAAGGCUUUGCUUGGGAUAGUCGCCGGGGCUGGAGCCUCCUACGGGAUUUAUAAACUUCUCAGUGUAACUAGCUUCAAGGAAAAUAUAAAAAGUGCCUACAGCGAAAGUCAUGGCCCCAAGAAUAACUCACCCGGUGGUAUAGUUCUGCAGCCAGGGAGCUUGUUAGCUAAGGUGUCCGGGUUGGAUGUGGUUCGAGGAGGCGAAAGUCAGGCCGUGGAUGUUGCAUCAAGUGACAUCAUCUCUAGAUCACCUGGAAGCCUGGAGCCACAACACCUGAAGAUGCUCCUGUCACUUCUUCAGGGCAGCCCCAACCCCUCUGACAGAGCCCAGAUCCUCAUCACUUUAGGAAAUACUGCUGCCUUCACUGUAAACCAGGAUCUCAUCCGUGAGUUUGGGGGCCUUCACGUCAUAGCUGGCUUCCUGUCAGAUCCUGUGCCAGAAGUCAGAGUGCAGACUCUAAAUGCCUUGAAUAACCUGAGCAUGAACCUUAGGAAUCAAGAGCAACUGAAGGUGUACGUGGCCCAGGUGCUGGAACUAAUCGAGAUGUCUCCGGUGAACUCUGACCUCCAGAUGGCUGCCCUCCGGCUGCUGACCAACCUGUCUGUCACAGAUGACCACCACCAGCUACUCAGGGGGUCCAUCACCCUCCUCCUUUCUCUGCUCGUUGUUAGCAAUCAAGUGUUACAGAUCCAAGUUUUAAAAGUGCUUGUGAAUUUAUCCUCCAAUCCUGAUAUGAUGGAUGACAUAGUGCAAGCUCAGGCUCCAGCCGCUGUGGUGCUGCUGUUUGACGUGCGGACCAGCUCGGCAGUUCUCCUGCGGCUGCUGAUGUUUGCAGGGAACUUGAAGGCCUGGAGGCCUUCUGCCCAGGUGGCGGAGGCCCUGAGGAGGAGACAGGAUGGCCUGUACCGGGUCCUGCUGGAUGAGUCCUCCCAGCUCCAAAGCAAACUGAUCCAGCUGCUCUCUCACCCCGACGGGGAGGUCCGAGCCCAGGUGGCCCGUGUCCUCUUGUAGACCCCCAUACCGAACCUCAAAUCCCGACACAACCUCUCUUACCUACAUUAUUAAUUUAACCUCCAACUCCAACUUGAUUUUUCCCAACCUUGACUCCUUUAACCUCCAGCUCCUCCAAUCUUCCUAAUCCCCAGUCCUCCUUAAUCAUGCCACCAAACAUACAUCCUACUUUCAAACCUCCACCCUCUUACCUUCACAACCAGACUUAAUCAAUCUGCCCAGGCCUGCCCGUGCCUUCAAACACCACCCUGCCCUUCACGCCUUCUGCCAAUUUCCACCCAAUCUGUGUCCUACUUCUCCACUCCAAACCUCAACCAAACCAUCAUAAACCUUCACUUCAGUAAAGUCCCCUACAGCCAUUGGAAAUCUAUCCAAUUAUCUACCGAUCAGUGAUCAUAAAGGAAGGAAGGAGGUGAGGUGGAGAGGAAGCCAUUUAAUAGUAUUGAGACUCGGGCCACCUCUCCCUCCCCUCCCACUCCUCCUUCACUUAGGCUGUAAUUUUAGGCUGUAUUUAAAGAGGCAGUGCUCCACUUCCACUGUCUUUCCCUCUCCUGAGAACAUGUUGUCCACUUUCUCCUGUUCUAGGUGAAGCCCCUUAACUGAAACCCACUGCCAAAACCUUUCAAGCAAGGAGAAUGUGUCAGUAAUAUGCCCUCUAACACCUCACCCAACUAACUGCCCCUGCGUGGUGUGCUGUGCAUAUGUAAUGGAGUUGGUUUGGUGAACCACACUUGCAUGAUGCGUAAACUUGCCUGAGAGCUGAAGACUUGCAAUUGCUCCCCGACCUAAUACCUAGGCUUUAACAGAGUGGGCUAACGCAUCUUGUGGAGGAGACAAUCUGGAGAGGCUGGCCAAUCGUUACUGUACUUUGAAGUUACUUGAUGCACACAAUUUGAAUGCCUUGUUGACAGCAGUACAGGGAUACACAGCUCCAGUCUUCGACUGUCAAGUCUUGCCCUCUUAAACUAUCAAUCAGUAACUGAUUUACACCUGGGAAUCAAAGGUCAAGUUAGGUAUAUCUGAAAUGUGUGCACUAGCAGCUUAACGCUUUCAAGCGGAAGGAGUACUCCCUGCAGACUGCUUAAAUAAAUUAUAGGCUGAAACAUUCCGUGACUUGAAUUGUUUGUUUAAAGCACUGAGAUAAGAAAGACGACAACCAGCUCGUCUCAGGCUUCCUAUAAAAUCAUACAGCUGUUGAAUGAGACUGAACCAGGUCAGACCUGAGAGGACUGGAGUUAUGGACCCCUGGUGCUGGUGUGUCACACACCGUAGACUGUUUACAGAGGAGCGAGGGAGACUACUGUCACUGAUCUCUUGUUUGUAUGACUCAAUAAAUGUCAAUGGGGUUUUCCCUGAUCCAACAACAUUCACAUCAUCCAAAUGGGAUUUUUUAGCAUUGAUCUCAUAAGACAUGAGCUGAGGCUGAUUUGAAGUAUAGGCUGCACUGUGCUAGGUUUCUCCAACUCCCAGCACCUAGUUCAGGUAACCGUGGCCAGAUUGAAGACCAUGACUGGUUCAGUGUUUCCCCUACCCAUUGUUUCCCCCCCUCCCCCCUGUAUAGUUGUUCCCUGUCUCAACAAUUUAGGUGCCAAAAGGCCUGGAUGUGGCUUUGGGGGCCUUUGCGCCCCACCUGGAAAGUCAUCUAGGGGGAAGACUGGAUAAAUAUAAAUAUAUUUUUUUUAGGUAGGUGUGUCAGUGCUGGUCUGGAACAAAAGCCUGCACACCCAGAAUUUCACUGGGACUGGAGUUAGACCUCUCUGGUCUGUACAAAUGCUGCAAAAUUCUGAUGUCGAGAGACUCCGUGUCAGACCCAAAACUAUCUCUUCUCCCAGGCUUUUGUGUUUUAGAGCAGAGAUGGGAAGAUGGUACUGAUUUAAAAAUACACAUCCAACGGUAGCAUCCCCUUGUGUAAAGCUUAUCUGCUACAGUUAUUCAGGAAAUAUUUAUUUUGGAUUAUUCAAUUGUUUCUUGUUUCAACCCAGUUUUGGCCUUCUUAAUGUAUAGAUUUUGUUUUGUUUGUUUUACAUUUGUGAGUAAAUAUGUUUUAUUUUAAAGGU